ACUUUCUUUUCAACGUGUUGCGUUACAGUUUUGUCCACGACUAAAUCUAAUCAACAUUAAACACUGUCGACUUCCUUCACGAAAAAUGCCAUGCGGAUUGUUGUAAUUGGAUUACACUGAAUUUUUAUAACAGUCUGCUGUAAUAAGUUUCACUUUGACAGCAGUUCGUCAAGAUAUAAGCGGUUUUUGAUUGCAUGAAAUGGGUGACAGCACUGAUAGCAUUACACAAAUAAUUGAAGCUUUUCGGAUUCAUUCUCUGAAAAUUAAUUCGGGGAGCACAAAUAUCGCCUCAUCACAACGGUGCUCUGAUAUAACUCAUACGCCUGAAAACAAAGUAAUUUACUUCAUCCACAGAGUUGCUGAAUUUGUGAGGCUCUGUGCUGUUGCAAAGCCUCUGGAAGUUCACGCUUUAAGUAAGCUGCUUCAGGAGAUUGUCUCACCCUAUUUGACUUCAAAUGUCGUCUCAUCACUUCUAAGUCGUAUUUAUCAGUCUACAGACUGUUGGCCCUCUUUUUCAGCCGGGUUUCUCGAAAUUUUGCAUUUAUUGCCAUACACUGCAUCACCGCACGCCUAUUUCAACUUUCCGGAGAGUGAGAGUUCUAAUAUCGCCUUACCUCCAACGGAUAAAUGGCCUUGUCAGAGUGGUUGGACAUUUCACUGUUGGUUAUAUAGAUAUCCGUCUGCUAAAGCCAAUAAUAAAAUUAAUUUAUAUUGUUUUCAGACUUGUGAUCGUCUAGGAUUCUCAGGAUAUUUUGUAAAUGAUGUUUUCUUCCUAUCAUUAGCUCGGAACAAAGGGAAGAUCGAUGAAUUCCCAGUAAAUUUCAAUUUUCAUCCACAUGAGUGGUUUAUGAUUACAAUUGUACAUUCAUUUGCCCGUUGGAGUGGUAGCAAUAUUUCAUGCUAUGUUAAUGGUGUUUUGGUGUCAAACUUUGAUGUUACAUGGCAUUUAAAUUCCAGUGAGAUAUUCAAGACAUGUCUUAUUGGUCAAUCAAGUGAUCCAACUGAUGGCAGUAGCUGCUUUAGUGGACAUAUAUCCAUAAUAAUGGGAUUUAUGGAUGUCCUGACUUCUGAACAAAUCAGUUACAUUUAUUUGCUAGGUCCAAAGUAUCAGGGACAAUUUCGUUUUGAAACGGAAAGCUGUGAUGAGUUAAUUUCUAAUCAAAGCAAAAUUACGAUUGACUUAAAUAAGCUACACAAUUCGCUUGUAUUUGCAUACAGUCCUCUUGCUUCUGAUGGUCGGUUGUGUUUGAAUCAGGCUGUGAAUUUCCACCAGUCGAGUCAGACAUCACUGCACGCUAUAAUGAAUGGGAAUGUUUCUACUGUGAUAAGUUUAACAGUGCCAGAUCUACUCAUACGACUUGGUGGUAUCCAACUAUUGUACCCUUUGUUCAAUCGUUUAGACUGGUCAAUUGAAAAGUUUAACUGUCUUGACAAUGAAACAGAUCUUUCAAAGAUACUUUCACUUCAUCCAUCUUUUGCAAAUCUUCAACCAUCUACACCAGAAAUUCAAACAAUUUUAGUUCGUCUCAUUUUCAGUCUAGUUCGUACAUCGAUUACAUUGAGAAAUCAGUUUAUUUCAACUAAAGGUUUACUUAUCAUUGCUAAUGCUUUAAAUCAGUCUGAGGCGAAACACCUAACAAUGAGUCUAUUGGAUGAAAUUAUCCAGUUUACACGUUAUCUGUUAAAAAGAAUCAGUUCAACUCAAAAUAAUAUUACUGUUGAUGAGGGCGAUAAUCAUAGUCAGAAUCAUAAUAACAACAAUACUCUGAAUAUACACAAUAAUCUAAUAAUGAAUUCUAAUGUUCACAUUAUCCUACUGAAACAAAUGUACGGUUAUUUAAUAAGUAAUUCAGAACUCUGGUGUCGAGCAACAGUUGAUGUUCAAGAACAAUUGUAUCAAUUUUUAGCUACUGAUUUUAUGGAAGCAGUUAUCUCUGGAUAUAUUGGUCGAACAGGGACUGUAAUCCAUUGUUUAAAUACACUGAAAUAUUAUUUAGCACUGGCUAGUCCUCGUGCACGAAGUGGAUAUGAACUAAAUACACCAGAUCAUGAACUAUUAGGCUCAGUUGAUGAGGUCGUUAAAUUGCGUACAAAUGUAUUAAUUUAUUUAAAACGCUUAUUUUCACGUGGUAGUGGAAUUACAGACAGUGAAAUGCAAGCAAUUUUAAACUUUUUAACUACAAUUCACGAGCCAGAAAAUAUACAUGAUAUAUUAUACUUAUUGGUUAGUGCUUUAAUUGAAUAUCCAUCUACAUGUGGUGCAGUAUUUAUUCGUACAAAUGGUAUACAUUGUGUAUUCAAACUACUCACUUCUGAAGAUGAACAUGUACGAAUUUAUAGUAUCAAAUUAUUCGGACUUUAUCUUCUUUAUGGAAAAAAUUUGGUGUAUGGAAAUACAGUUGAACGUUUCAGCUUAUUCUCUUUACUGGAGGAUCGUUUGAAUUCAGUAUCUUCUCAGUUUACUUUGUUAACGUAUAAUGCCUUAUUCGAAGUGUUAACUGAAUCUAUAUCUCCAAAAAUUCGUGUCCAUCCGAUUAUUAUUAGCGAGAAAUCAAUAUCAAUGAUAAAAAAUCCUGCUUUACUUAAAGUUAUAGCACAAUUGAUUUCUCAGUCGGAACAGACAAGUGAUAUUUUAUCGAUUAAAGAUACUUUUAUUCAGCAUUUAUUUGCAUUCUGUGCACAAAAUCCAUCCAAUAAAAAAAUAAUACUUCAACUGUCUAUAUGGCAAGAUUGGUUACUUCGUUUAGCACCAUUAUAUCCGAAUAAUAAAAUGAAUGCAAAAUUUCUUGUGAAAAUUUUACGAUUAAUACGUGUUCUAUUAAUACAUGGUAUAUGCUAUGAAUAUGGUAGUUGGCAAGUAUUUGUUGACACUUUGGCAUUAAUUCAUUUACAUAUAUGUGAAGAAAGGUUUUCUUAUUUUAAAGAGAAGCAACAGUCUGUCAAAUCAAAAAAUCCAGAUUUUGAGAAGAAAUCAAAUUUAGCACAGAAAAGUAGCUCUGUUCUUUUCGCAAAUAAAGACUCAAUUGCAAGGAAUAAUUCAGUAGGUGUUGAUCUAACAGACUAUGCAUCUCAUCAAAUGACAACUGCUUAUGUGUCACCUACUGAUUCACCAUCUGAACAUCCUUUAAAUACUGGGAACAGUAGUAAUAGUAAUGAUGAUAAUAGCAACAAGGAUACACAACCAGUACAUGAUUCAGAUGCCAACUUAAAUCGUACUUUAUCUGAUUCAACACUAUCUUAUGAGAAUAUCGAGAUAUCUUCAUUACCAGUGUCUAAAUCACCGGUGGAACAGAGGUCGUCUUCACCACUGCCUAUACCUUCACCUCCGCAACCAUCAACAUCCAGUCCUCAUACUGCUGCCACCAAUGCUGAUCAUGAUGUAAAUAUUGCGGAGAGUAAAACAGUUACAAACGUUAUGAUGAAUGAGAAAUCAAAGCGCAGUAAAAAAUCAGUGAAAUUUCAAUUAGCUAAUUUCUCUUGGUCAUAUGUUCAUCAUUUACUGUUGGAUGAUUUAUUGUGUUCACUGGAGAAUAUUGUUGUUCAACAAAAUAUUCAAAGAAGAGUUUCACUUCAUUCUACUCCAACUGAAUUAUACGAUAAUGUAUUAAAGCAUAAACAGACGACUAAAAAACGUAAAGAAUCUUUACUUUCGUCAACAUUGCCUGCUCAAUUGAAGUCUACGACUAAAUCACCAUCGCCAACAGCAUCAACGUCCACGCUGUCAUCAGUUUCCUCGACAUCGUCAGUGUCUUCGAAUCAACACAUAAGCAGCAAACAGGUGUCGACUAUUUCAAAGCAAAGCAAUAAUGAUGGUGGUGAUGAUAAUAAUAAUAGUGACAGUGCAUCGAUAACAGAGAAUCUCCCUCAUAAUAGUAAUAAUAAUAAAAAUAAUAUCAAUCAUAGCAACAGUAAUAAAGUCAAUGAUGGGAACCGAAUGAAUGCAAAUAAUAUUAUGAUCAUUGAUAUGAAAUCGGAAUCUGCUUUUGUUACAAAUCUUUUACAAAUUAUUUCAUAUCUAUGUGAUAUGAUUAUUGGAGCGUGUGGAGGUCUGUUGCCUUUGCUUGCUGCCGCGUCAAGCUCUACAAGUGAAAUCGGCAGCUUAGAAUCUGUUCGUGGAAUGGAGUUGAGUGAUGCCAUUGGAUAUCUGUUACGCCUAACUUAUUUAGCAGAUUUUUGUAUUAUGAACGGAAAUUACAAUUUAAAGCUACUAGAAUCUGAAAGAAAUCUUACGCCAGGGUCUAUAGUACGUCAGCUGUUAAGAUUAUACUUAACAACUGCAGUUCGUAACUGCCUGGAAUCUCGACUUAACGUCCUCCUGCCUUCAGCAUACCUUGUACAAACUAUGAAACAAUUAGCCUCGGGUAGUGAUAUUAUUAGCCAUACUGUCUGCAAUGAUGCUGUUGAUGACGGUGUUGAAGUGAACGAAGUAUUAUUUAUCCAAUUAGCUGGUGAUGGUAGUCAUAAUAUACAAUCAAUACAGAUAAUCAGUGGAUCUACACAAACAUCGAAUGGUGACCUACGUGUCGACAAGAUUAAACAUGAUAACAAUUCAAAUGGUAUAGAUAUUACAUCGAAAGAAUUUCAUUCUAAACAUUUAUCACUACCUAUGCCAAAUAAUUCCAGCAGUCAAAAUAAUAAUCUACUAGAAGAUUCAUUGGAAAAUUUAACACGUAAAGUAUUAAAUCUGUCAAGAUUUCAUCUUGUCGUCGAUUUAGAAUAUUAUACAAUUCAUCGACUAGGAUGUGCAGUACAACCAUGGAAAUUUCCAGAUUAUUUAGCCUCACCGCUUGAUCUGUUUCGUAUUGGUGAUAUGAAACAAGCAUAUGAUACGAAGAUUCGACAUUUAAGUGGAACAUUUCAACAACUGUUGUAUGGAAUUAAACCAUAUUUCAAUUAUCCAAAAAAUUAUGGAAAUGAACUUUUUCAAAAUACUGUGAUCUCUCCAAUUAAAGAUUUUCAAGUACUUAUGCAAAAUUCUGAUCUGUUGAGAAUACACUAUCUGAUUAAUAGAUAUGGAGAAACAUCAAAAUCACCUGAAUCUUUAGCUCUAGCAACAGUAUACUUUCUGUCUGUAAUGAUGGUCUCCAAAUAUCGUGAUUUUCUUGAUUCCAAUCCAAUAUGGCUACCAUAUAGUGGUGAUAGUGGUCAGUUAGGUCGUGCGCACUCAAAUUCUAAUGUCAAUUAUCCCAACGGAGUAAAACGUGAAAGCUGCCGUCAAGCGGAUACAACUGGUCAUACUGAUACCAAUAAUACUAUUAAUAAUGCUACUUCUGAAGGCGUUGUUAGCCUCAGUGGAAAUGAUGCAGAUUGCAGUUCAAUUGUUAGUGAAGAAUAUGAAUUAGUUGAUAUACCACUUGAUGAAAUGACACAACAGAAUAAAAGGCUAACUUCGUUAACUGAUUCCCUUGACAUUUGUCUUGGAUCAACUGGAAUAGUUUUAAAAGCUUUAUUCAGUGAAUUUACAGAUUAUUUCACUCGAACAUUGAUUGGUACACAUGGACAAGAAUUAUUUCCAAGUGUUCAACCAUUUCUUCAAGAUAAUUCUUCUGUUAUUGAACUGGUCAUGUUAUUGUGUUCACAAGAAUGGCAAACAUCUUUACAAAAAUAUGGUGGAUUAGGAUUUAUUGAAUUAGUCAAUGAAGGACGUCUUAUCUCACAUUCUAUUCGUGAUCAUUUAUAUCGUGUAGCUGCUGAAGGUGAUAUACUUUUGAAUCAAUUACAUGUAUCCAAUAUUCAACAACAUACUAAAUUUGAAGAAAUUACUGCGCAUAUCAUGGCUGAUUGUCGUGAAGAAGAACAAUCAUAUACGAGUAUUAUUGAGUCAACACGUCUACGUGAUGUACAACUGGCAAAUUAUUUGAAUAAUAAAGUUAAUCGAUUAACUUUGUUUAUUCUCUCUACUUGGUGCAAGUCAAAUCAUCAUUCAACUGUAUCAUCAUCAUCACUGCCUUCAACAUCUUCCACCUUACCUAGUAUUCAUCCUUUGAAGAAAGAUUAUUACCGACUAGAUGGUUGGGAAGAUGAUAGUCGAAGACACCGUAGACUCAUUCCAAAUCCACACGGUACUAGUUAUUCUUCAGCUGUCUUUUACAAUGAAAAUAUACGUCGUCGAUCUGUUGUUGCUAUUCAAAACCAGUCUGAUCAGUUGGCAAAUCUUUUCAAAGAAGCUGGAGCACAACAUGCUCGAGAUUUUUCUGUCAGUGAUGAAUCAGCCACUGAAGUAAACUCAGUGUCAACUGAAAUGCCACCUGAUAAUACAUCUGUGUGUUCAACUGUGAAUGAAUCAGUGGAUACUACUACUGAGACUUUAGGUCCUAUAACUUUAACCUGGUUUCAAGAAGAUAUGCUUUAUCCUGGCCGUUUAUGCAUCGACUUUAAAGAUAAUGCCAACCUUUCUGUAUCAUGUAUCCUAGUCUCAUUAGGCGUAACUAUCCAUGGGACAUUAUCUGUUUCAAGGCAUGAAUUAUACUUUGAACAGGAUGCAGCUAAUCCUUUGAAUGAAUUAAUUGACCAACGAGUUUUAGCGUAUAUUGAACAUGUUUAUAGUAGAUGGUCAUUGUCAGAAAUACGCGCAAUCUUUAAUCGUUCGUUUUUACAUCGUAAAGUUGCAUUGGAAAUAUUUGUGGCUUCAAGAGGUUCCGUACUUUUCGCGUUCAAAGAUGUUGCCACUAUGAAAUCAAUUGUUAAUGCAUUACCUGAAGUGGGUAUAGGCACAAGAUAUGGUUUACCGGCAUCCAGAUCGUCUACAUUAGCUCCACCGAGUAAAAUAUUUCAACUAUCCAAUAUGACACAACGUUGGCAACGUCGUGAAUUGUCAAAUUUUGAUUAUCUCAUGUAUUUAAACACAAUAGCUGGUCGUAGUUACAAUGACUUAAAUCAAUAUCCAAUAUUUCCAUGGGUUAUUUCAAAUUAUGAUGCCAGCGAAUUAGAUUUAUCCUCACCAUCUAAUUAUCGUGAUUUAUCUAAACCGAUUGGUGCUAUAAAUCCUAAACGUAAAGCAUUUUUUGAUGAACGUUAUAAUAAUUGGGAAGAUGAAAGUCGACCACCAUUUCAUUAUGGUACACAUUAUAGUACAGCUGCAUUUGUAUUGAAUUAUUUACUACGUGUUGAACCGUUCACUACUGUGUUUCUUAAUCUACAAGGUGGUAAAUUUGAUCAUCCUGAUAGAAUAUUCUUUUCAAUUGCAAAAACCUGGGAGAAUUGUCAGAUUAAUACAUCAGAUGUCAAAGAAUUAAUCCCGGAGUUCUUCUACUUUCCUGAAAUGUUUGAAAAUUUAAAUGACUUAGAUUUAGGCAUAACAGAUGAUGGUAUUCAUGUUGAUACUGUGAUACUUCCACCAUGGGCAAAAACGCCCGAAGAAUUUGUACGAAUUAACCGUGAGGCAUUAGAAUCUGAACUAGUCUCAUGUCAAUUACACCAUUGGAUAGAUCUUAUCUUUGGUUAUAAACAACGCGGUCCUGAAGCUGUUCGUGCUACCAAUGUCUUUCAUUAUUUAACCUAUGACGGAAGCGUUGACUGGGAUAAGAUUACUGAUCCACUCCUCAUUAAAGCUGUUGAAGAUCAAAUUCAAAGUUUUGGUCAAACACCUGGUCAAUUGUUAACUACUCCACAUCCACGACGGAAUUCAACACUUCAUCAUAAUCCAGAGAUAUUUAAUCUUCUUAAUGAAGAAUUUUGUAUGAGUUUAAAAUUUCAUUCGCAUUCACCAAUUGUAAAGUUAUUCAGUAAUACAUCGAUGAAGGCAACUCCUUUUCCUUCUGUAAUUGCUGUAAGCGAAAAUAGAACAAUAGUAGUAUGCAGGUGGAACGCUUUAGCUGCUGAUGCAGUCUAUCGAAAAGCUCGUGUAAAUCAUGAUACAGAAUCAAUCGAUACAACUGCAAACAAUCAUGAUACAAAGCAUCAACAGACUAAAACUCCAUCUACGACUUCAAACAACAGCAAUAAUAAUAAUAAUAAUAAUAAUGACUUAUCAGUAACAUCGUCGUCGACAUCUUCGUUACAGCCUAUAAUCGAUGCUACUGUGUCACCAAUGGUAACUACUAGUGUUACAAAUUUUCCAACAUCAUCUAAAGAAAAUGCACGUGUUAAGCAUGGAACAGAGCAAAUUGUCAAUCUGCCUUUAAAAUCAGAAUUUGUCACACCACUUGGUCGGUGUUUAGGAAAUGAUUUUGACGAAAAUAUGCAAAUCACCAGUAAUCAAUUUGUUGUAACCGCUGAUAGUAGAGCUGUUAUACAAUGUGGUUAUUAUGAUAGAUCAUUUCGUAUUUAUGGAUCGCGUAGCAAUCGUUUAAUUCAAGCAGUGUUUGGUCAUAGUGAUAUUGUGACUUGCUUAGCCCGUUCAGAAUGUCAUUUUAGCCAGUAUUACUAUCUAGCCUCUGGUAGUCGAGAUUGUACUGUCAUGUUAUGGAUGUUUAGUAUGCAACGUUUAUGUGUUGUUACUAGUCAAGGUACACCUAAGCCAGUAGUUAUCUUGAAUGGCCAUGAAGCUAGUAUCAAGUGUAUCAGUUUGUCAGCGGAAUUGGGUCUAGUACUGAGUGGAUCAGUUAAUGGGACUUGUUUGUUGCAUUCAACACGUGGUGAACUACUACGUUCAUUAUGCUCACCGUACACAACAGCACUUGAUCAAAUGUCAACACCAUUACCCUCAUCAUCAUCUUCGUCGUCUUUAACACCUCUAGGUGAAUUGUCUAAUUCCAAACAAGCUCAGCCAAAUUUGUUUACAUAUCAUCGUGAAGGUUAUCUACUUGGUCAAUUUGAUCAUUCUUGGUUAUCAGUGUAUACUUUAAAUGGAAAAUUAUUACACUCCAAUGAUUUAGGUAUUCUAUCAAAUAAUACAAAUUCAUCUAUUGUCUAUCAUAUCAAUGCUAUGCUAUUUAGUGAUUGUGGUCGUUAUAUCCUAGUCGCUGGUAAUGAUGGUGUAAUAUGGAUAUUAAGAAGUUAUAAUCUGUUACCAGUUCAUGCAUUUCCUAAAUGUGAUACAUCAGUUGAAUCGUUAAGCUUAAGUCAUGACCAACGUUUUAUUUUUGCUGGUCUCAAAUCAGGCUGUGUAGCUGUAUUCUUUGUCGACUUCAAUCAAUGGCAUCAUGAAUUUCAACAGCGUUACUCUUGAAAUCAAGACAAAAAUGUAUCUAUCCACCUGUCUAUCUAACUAGCAUGACAUGACAAUUACAGGUUAAUUGUAACCCACCCACUACAUAUCAUAAAUUCAUAUUCUUAAGUAUAUAUUUUGUCACUAAUAUUUUCUGUUUUCUGUUAUUUCGUUUGUUUGUUUUUGCUUUUUGUUGAUGUUAUUUUGAGAUAUAAUGGAAGUUUAUUCUUCUAGUAAGCAGUUUAAUACUUACUAGUUUGUUUAAAUGUCCCUAUUCGAUUUCUUCAUUUUAAUAACAAGCUGGUGCACAUAAUACACUUUUCAUUUCUUCAGGGAGUUUCUCCUCAUUAUUUUUCUCUUGUGUUCAUUCCAAUAAUUUGAAAUGUGUAUCUACUACUGUCAGCUACUACCAGCUAUCAGAAUAAUAAUAAUAAUCAGAUGUGAUAAUAAUUUAGCUUCCCUUCAUUCAUUCAUUCACUGAAUUUAAUGACUUCUUUUUCUUCUCUUCUCUAUUACGCAAUCUGUUUUCCUUAUUGUAAAGAAGAAUAUUUCUCAAUUGUCUUUUGUUUCUUCCUCUUCCGUGUAUUCAGUGAUAUAUAUACAUGAAUAUUCUGCACUUGUGUGCGCAAUGGUCAUUUGUUGUUUUCUUUCCUCAAUCAUGAAAUAUUUAUUCAUUUAUAUCUAAUAUUAUUUAACAGAAAAUGUGAUAAGCAUAAUUCAGUUAUGGGGUAUUGUUAGUUCACAUUUCAAAAAAAUAAAAAGUGGUGAUUAUUCAUUUGUGAAUGACUUUUAUACACAUUUAGAUUUAAGUGUU